AUGGACAUAAGCGUUGAUUUAUUUUACAACGAUGAAAAUUUUGGUCCCAAAACUGAUGUGCUGCGCAUACGGAAAAGGCUUCGUGAUCACUCGAAUCCUUUGGAACUUCCAAGCACCAAAUUCAUAAGCUACUUUCGUUUAAAUAAGGAAGCAUUUGUCUUUUUGCUAAACGAGAUGGAUGAACAUUUCCAGAAACGUGUGCGAGGAACGGCUGUACCUCCCAUAUUGAAAUUAUGUGCAACUCUCAGGUUCCUUGCUGACGGCAGUUAUCAAAAGUGCAGUGGAAAUGAUUUUAAUGUUGGACUGGCGCAACCUACAAUAUCUGUAGUUAUUAAGGAGGUUUUAAAUAUAAUUGAGCAGCAUAUUUGUGGAAAAUGGAUUACAACCCAAAUGACUGAAGAGGAGCAAAACGCGUCAAAAAUUGCAUUCUAUUCAAAAAGCGGAUUCCCCGGAGUAGUGGGUUGUAUCGAUGGGACUCACGUUCGCAUCAUUUCACCAAAAAAAGAAAUGCAACAUCUUUAUCUAAACAGGAAAGCCUACUACAGUUUAAACGUCAUGAUUCUUUGCGAUUACAAAAUGGCUAUCCGGUAUGUGGAUGCUAGGCACGCGGGCGCAAAUCACGAUUCCUUUGUUUUUAACGUAAGCGAUUUGAAAGAGCAUCUGCAGAGAAACAUACAGAGUAAUUCCUGGAUUUUAGAAGCUGGUUCACCACAAGCUCGCUACAAUACAAUACACUCUAAGGCUCGAAAUAUUGUAGAACGGACGAUUGGAAUAUUGAAAAGCCGAUUUCGUUGUCUUUUAUCUGUGCGUGGCUUACAUUAUUCACCAGCAAAAUCUACACAAAUUGUGAACGCUUGCUGCGCUUUGCAUAAUAUUUGUCAACACUUUCGCGUGGAACUUUCUGAAGAAAUUGCAACCGCUUCAAGUACGGAAAUAAGCAAUGAAAACCUGAACAUUGAAACAGAAGACGAGGAUGCCGCCAGAAGAAUUCGCAAUAAUAUUUUGUUAUCCAUUUAAUAGAAAUAAAAA